AUUCAAACUUCUUAUAGGAUAAAUAUAUCAUAUGCUGCAAAGUAGAGAGUUUUCCAAUUUAAAGUACUACUCCAUUUAGUAAUGAUUUUUGUAUUAUUAUAUGUGAUCCAUUCCUAGUUGUUUUUUCUGUUGAGAAUCCCAUGCAUCUGAAAUGAUAUAAAAACCCAAUAAAAGCUCUUCUCUUUUAUACUUUCCAAUAAAGUUGCUCAAAGAGAAACAAACAAAUAUUACUUUUCAUGGAGACAUUCAAGUCCACCAAUAAUAUUUCUCUUCUUUUGUUGGUCACUUUUUUCCUUUCAACCAUUGUGUCUCAAACCAAUGGAGGUGGUAUCAAGACGCAAAGUGAAGCCCUUGGCCAACUUUACAAGGCUAAGUUCAAGAAAGAUUCCAAUAUUGACAAAAGCCAUUUUAAUGUAGCAAAUAUAUUUGAUGAUCAACAAUUUCUCAACAGUGCAUCUAAUAAAAAAACUUUGAUAUCUCAAGAUGGUUUGAAAGAGAAUGACAAGAUCCAUAAACUUCGAGGACAACCUCCAGUAAAAUUUGAGCAGUAUGGUGGAUAUGUUACGGUUGAUGAAUCUGCUGGAAGAGCUUUCUAUUAUUAUUUUGUUGAAGCUCAACGUUCUAAAGAGUCUUUGCCUCUUCUUCUUUGGCUUAAUGGAGGUCCAGGAUGUUCCUCUCUUGCAUAUGGAGGCUUUCAAGAACUUGGACCAUUUAGAGUAAACAGUGAUGGAAAAACACUUCACAAAAAUAAUUUUGCAUGGAACCAUGCUGCCAAUGUGUUGUUCGUGGAGUCUCCAGCUGGAGUAGGAUUUUCUUACUCUAACACAUCAACUGAUGUUAAGAUUGGUGGAGACAGAAAAACAGCUAAUGAUAAUUAUCAGUUCUUAAUAAAUUGGCUCAAAAGAUUUCCAGAAUACAAAGAUAGAGAUUUUUAUAUAUCUGGAGAGAGUUAUGCUGGACAUUAUGUACCUCAAUUGGCACAUACCAUUCUAUAUCACAACAAGAAGGCCAAGAAAAAUAUCAUUAAUCUUAAAGGAAUCUUGAUUGGUAAUGCAGUGAUUAAUGACGAUACAGAUACAAGAGGAAUGUAUGAGUAUUUUGCAAGUCAUGCCCUAAUCACUGAUGAAGUUGCAAGUGAAAUCCAGAAGCAAUGUAAGUUCACAGUCACAGAGAGUAAAGAAUCAGAUGAAUGCAAGAUGGCAAAAAGUAUAGCAGAUUAUAAUACUCACAACAUUGAUAUCUACAACAUAUAUGCACCACGUUGCCACAAUUCCAACCUUACUUCCAGGCCCAAGAAGCCUUCUUUAGUGAUCGAUGCAUGUAGUGACUACUACACAAUUGCCUACAUGAAUAGGCCAGAUGUUCAGAAGGCUCUCCAUGCCAAUGUCACCAAUAUUGAAUAUGCUACUUGGCAGCCAUGCAGUGACGUCCUAACAAAUUGGACAGACAGUGCAUCAACAAUUAUUCCUCUUCUCAGAGAGUUUAUGACAAAUGAUAUUCGAGUGUGGAUAUUCAGCGGUGACACUGAUGGAAGGGUGCCUGUUACUUCAACCAUGAAUUCUAUUAAGACAAUGAAUCUUCCUAUGAAAACUCAGUGGCAUCCCUGGUACCUCAAUGGAGAGGUUGGUGGAUAUACACAAGAAUACAAAGGAGAUAUGACAUUUGCAACAGUGAGAGGGGCAGGACAUCAAGUACCAAGCUAUGAGGCAGCUAGAGCCCUUUCACUUGUCAUGCAUUUUCUUGAUGGAACUGACCUCCCCGAUUCGGAAAGAAAAAAUGAUUAAUAUCAGUAUUAAUAAUUAUCUCGUCAAUUAUUAAUCUCCCUUGAGAUUCUUAUUCAUUUCAUGCAAGUCAUUAUGGAUUAGGUUCAAGCGAAAUGUGGCAUUCUUUCUUCUAUUUAUAAGGUUAAUAACAUAUAUAUUGCUUUGCUCUUUCUCACAAA